AUGAGGGAAAUUGUAUUUUUGAUCCUCGCCGCUGCCCUACUUGGCACUGCUGGUGAACACGUAUUUUCUGAUAGUGAGGCUCCCCAAGAAAGAGAAGAUUGGUUAUACAACAAUUCGAUGGAAACUUAUACUGUGGUGUUGACAGAAACAAACGCGGAAGAUUCAGCUCGGGGUCCGUCGUUGAACGCCCAGGAUGAAUCUGUCGAUAGCUGGUAUGAUAAUAUUACAUCUCCUGCUUCAUUAUUCUGGUACUGGCAACCGGUUUUCUGGUCAUGGUGGGUGAUACUGCAGAUGAUUUCAGCACUUCUUGGCAUCGUUGGCAACUCUCUUGUCAUCACAAUCCUUUUCCAAAGACGUAAGAAGAGUAGGUCGACGGACACACUGGUCGGAGCUCUGGCAGUUGCAGAUCUUUUCACCUCGAUCUUCAUGGUGCCACUGCCUUUUCCUAUUCGAGUUCCAUCAACAGCUCUUGGUGAGUUUUACUGCAAGGUAGUUUAUACCUCAUUAUUUAUGUGGGUAUCGGUGAAUGCAUCCAUUGUGACCCUAACUUUCAUCCCAAUCGAACGUUACAUUGCUGUAGUCUACCCGUUCCGUUGCAAAGAACUUCUCUCACGCAAGAGAAUUUCAACUGCCAUCAUCUGCAUAUGGUUCACGGGAUUUAUGCUGAAUUCUUUCCUGUUCUACAUCUCGACGGUUGACCCAUCUACACAGCACUGCAGCGUGAUCUAUCCAAGAGGGAUGCAGCUCGCGAUGGGCGUGGUCCUGUAUCUAAUUGAGUUUCUUGUCCCUGCGAUACUGACCUGUGCCUUCCAAUUCUUGACAGCGCGUUCCCUUCAUCACCAGGCACGACUUCAUCUGGGUGAGUCUAAACAGCUCGACAAAUCCAACCCAUCAACUCGCCAUCUCAUGGCAAAGAAACGUGUCCUUCAGACGCUCUUCAUCGUGGUUCUACUAUUCCUGAUAUGCUGGGGGCCGUCUAAGACCCUUUACCUUGGCUUCAAUCUUGGAAUCAUUCCAGAUUCUUACCCUUAUAGCCCUUUCAAUCGUGCUCUCACUAUCCUAGGAUUCUGCAACUCUUGCGCCAACCCUAUCAUCUAUACUGUCCGCUACCCGGAAUUCCGCAAGGCCGUUCGAGAGCUAUUUACCCGAGCUCAGUACACCGAUGCCCCGCUGUUUGGUGAUAGAGAGAAGCAACUACCAAGUGACACUGCACAGACACAAAAUGCGUAG